GCCAUGCAAUUUGAUCAGACAGAGAUUGAAAAACAGAUGUGCAUCCACAAGGCUGCGCCUGUUUCCGUCUGGCCCGAGGAGGAGAGAUGCUACAGUUCUCGGAACGUCUUUCUCUCUCGGUGCCUGGCCGCAACUGUUUACGCUCAAGUCUUUCCACCCGCCGUCCCCGCCUUCUGCCUAUAUAGUUGGGAGUUGCUGUGUCGUUUGUGGCCUGUACAGGCCCGUGCUUGCCGAGGCAGAGGAGGAGGUGGACUUCGUGGCCGCCGCCGCAGACAUCGUGUUCGGCUGCUACGCCACCCAGGAGCAGAUCAUGUUCGCCCUGAGGACAUGGUUCGCGUUCAACCGGCUCCCUUGGUCAGCAGGCGCUAUGCUCGGUGAGGCCCUCCCCCGCGAAGGGCUGAUGCCGACGCCCGAGGCGCUGCGCCAAGUCAUGCUGCUGCUGAACGAGUUCCAGCCGGUGAACAGGGAGGAGGCGGUCUUCGUCUGGGAGGCGGCCGUGCGUCUCGGCGCCGCCCAGGA